AUGUUUGGGUGCACCGACCCCAUCCUGACGAUGGGAGCUGUGCUGUCGUGUCGGUCGCCCUUUCUUUCACCAAUGGACAAGCGCGAGGAGGCCAACAAAGCCAAAGCCUCGUUCUCAUUGGGCAAGAGUGAUCAUCUGACAUGUCUGCGAGUGUACGAAGAGUGGCGGAAGGUACGCGAGCACAGCAACUCGCGAGAAGAGCGCGCAUGGGCCGAAGAG